AUGGGGCUGAAUGUAGCUAACGAGCAGUUUGACAAGAUUAUGGAGUUUGUGAAAUUUUUUAUCCUUGAACUUGGGAAUAUGAUUAUACAUCUAACGAAAAGAACAAAACGGAAAAAAAUUUCAAAUAAAUCAAAGAAAACGCAAGGAAACGACUGUGCAGAUCUUUACAAAAAAGGUGAAAAAAAGAACGGAGUUUAUCAACUUAAUCCAGAUGGUCAGGGUUACUUUAAGGUUUUCUGUGAUAUGAAAACAUCUGGUGGAGGUUGGACUGUGUUUCAACGACGUCAAGAUGGAAGUGUAAACUUCUAUCGAGGUUGGAAAGACUAUAAACAAGGUUUUGGUGAUCUGAAAAGUGAAUUCUGGCUUGGAUUGGAUAAAAUAUACCGACUAACAUCUGCAAGGAGAAAUAAACUUCGUGUUGAUCUUGGAGACACGUCAGGAAUAAAAGAUAUGCUGAAUAUGAUUAUUUUGCUGUAG